AUGAAUGGCGUUCGCAAACUUUGGGGAGGCGGGAGCUCGUCCACCAGUUCACCAACACCACCAACACCUGUACCAGCAACACCUGUAACACCUACUAGCAUAUCGAUAGCACCGUCAACCCUGCCUGCUUCCGAAGGUUCUCCUCUUACGACAACUCCGGGACUUUUCAUCAAGAAAAACAAGAAACAGUCAUCAGUAGCAUCCGUCACUGACGCUGGGAACGGUAACGACGCCAACGGCUCAGACCGCUCGGCAUCGCCUGCUUCAUCCCGAGUCACUUCUCCCUUACGAAAACCAGUCCCAACCCCAACCCCAGUCCCAGGUCCCUCAUCUCCAAGAAUUUUACCCCCCCUACAAUCAAGAACGUCUACCGCUUCAGGAUGGAAACGUACCUCAGGGUUACUCAAUAUAAGAGACGACCUCCUCAUGAGUCUUCUCACAAGCGAAGCAAUCGUAGAAAGUCGCGAAUGUGAGAUCUUAAGCGGGGAAGAAGUCGAAGAACUCAAAAAGGAACACCAAAUUCUUAAGAUUCGGCUCGCUGCAGCACAGAGGAAGCUCAAGUUAGAAACAAAGAUCCGCGAUGCAGCUCUAUCUCUUUCAAAAAUGCUGCAGAACGCAGAGUCAACAGCUGCGCAGACGGAACUAUGGCGCGUUUCAGAACGUGCAAACGAAGUCGAACGAAAACUUUUGGAACAUCGUACAGGCGUGCUUGGUUUCUCUGUCGCCAAGAUGGAGAGAAAGAUGACGCCUAGUGGAGAUGCAUCGGGUUUGAACACGCCCAAUAGGAGUUCAGCCUUUAGUCCCGUUACGACUACUUCUCCACCACCGAAAGCGCGAUUCGACGGCGCACACCUAUUCGCGGGCCACGCCGACGCACAAAUACCCAAAGCCCCACCAUCCGUCAAUGACGUUGUCGCGCUCGAAGACAAGCUCCGCGCUGCAACUGAAGCCCUCAGCAUUGCGAACCAGAAACAAGCUGAGAUGGCACGCGAAUUAUCUCACCUCCGUCUCGAGAAGGAACAGAUUGAGACGACGAUGGGUAUGGAACUUCAGACUGCUGAGGAAACUGUCGCUGCGCUAGAGCAAGAGUUUCCGCGUCUCGAGGAGCUGAAUGCGAAAUGUCAGGGAUUACUCGAGGAACGUGCGCAGUGGGAAAAGGACAAGACUCAGUUGGCUGCAAGGGAAAAGGAGGUGGAGAGGCUGGAGAGGCGGUUGGAGGUCUUAGAGGAGCAGAGCAGCGAAGCAACUGAAAUGGAACGCGCACUCUCAGACAUGCAGGCAAAGUGCGACGCGGAACUGCAGAAAAAGGAUGAGGAAGUCGCAGCGCUGAAGACGGAGUGGGAGGAUGCCAAAGAGGAAUGGGAGGCGGAGAAAGCUGUGAUGGAGGAAGAUAAACUUGCAGAGCUUGGUGCCCUCCAGGAUGAGCUCGAGGAUGCAAGAGAGGAAUGGGAGGCGGAGAGAACUAUGUUGGAGGAGAACAAAUUCACAGAGCUUGGUGCGUUGCAGGAUGAGCUGGAUAAUGCGAGGGCUGGUGGUGAAGCACGAGCAGAGUUGGAUGAAGCUACCGAGACUACUUCGGACUAUCAUGCAGCUGCAUGGUAUCCAGAUGUCCCCCGAUACAUCCUUGCAGGGUCUAAUUGCCUCGCUGCGCUGCAGGGUCAUAGUGAUAGGCAUGCACGCCUUGGAGAUGAUCUGCGAAAAGAGGACAACGCACAACUUGAAGUCCAAUCCCUUGAGUCACGAGUCAAGGAACUCAUCGAUACCUCGUCAACACCUUCCGAACCCCCAGUCGAAUACACAGGGGAAGCAGCAGACAUCAUUGCCAUUCUCCAACCCAUCUGGAACAUCCUCCCCGCGCCCGAACUUCGCGCCUCGAAACUCAACAGCAAACGACACCUUCGAAACCCUUCCAUGGUCUCGAACACUGGCGGAUCAUCCCCAUUGCCAUCGCCAUCCAAAUCCACCCUUUCUGACAUGGACGUACGCGCGCUUAAAACUCUCUAUGACACACGCCCCCAACCUCCUACUCCUACUUCAGCAACCAGCCGUUCACCCCAAAAGCAGAAUAAAGGCACAUUCAGCGUCGAAGCGUUUGUCUCGCGCGUUCAAGCGCUUGUCAUAGAUGAUCGAGCACUAAUCGACAGACUGAUCCGAUUCGCUCAAGCACACGACCUACUCAAGAAGAACGCAGAACGGGCUCAAAAACUUGCACAAGAGAGUAAUACAGCGCUAGAGACGUAUCAGCGGCAGGUAUUAACGCUUGAGCGGCAGAAUGCUUCUUUGGUGUCGAAACAGAAUGCAUUGAUGGAUGAGAUACGUGACCUACAGGACGCUAUCGAACGUGCGGUCUGUGAGACCCGCGAGAUGGAGAUGCAUGCUGCGGAUCAAGCAGAGACGUGUCGACAGCUCACAGAGGCUAAUAGCUCCUUGAGCGCUAAAACGCUUACGCUCGCUGAAGAAGCUGCUGCAGCGCCUGAGAAGGUACGCAAGCAGCUUGAAGCCCAACUUGCGGAGUGCACAGAAGCUUUGAGGAAGGCGAGAGAGGAGGUAGAUGGGAUGAGGAUGUCGGAGCAGACACAGAAGAUUGCGUUGUUGGACGAGCUUAAUUCGGUUCAGACGGAGAAUGGGAAUUUGAGGGCGCAGUUGAGGGCGAAGAAGUGAGUGGGUUGGGUUGACAUGCAUAUCUAUGAGUGUAUGAAUCGUUACGAUUUGUUAAAUUUCUCGAUAUAAGUAGAUAUAGUUCCAGUGCUCGUAUAAACGAGCCUGAAGUUCCCGCGCUGGCAUUUUUUCGGCCAACGCGCUACUUAUAUACCAACAUCAUUUGUAUUACUACUACACCUUAUCGAACCAAACCUCGGCUCGGUCUUUCACAGUCGUGUGCGUUCGCUCCCUCUCUGUGACUUGACCCACCAGCCCGAACAAGCCAAAUCCAACAACCUUUCCAUCUUCCACGAUGAACUCAGCCGUAGCCUCAGAGGUCCCUAUUUCCGCUGUCUCAAAGGGUGUACUGUCGCGCCCAUAUCCUUCCGGGAACAACGAGGUGUACU